UUUUUUUUUUUUUUUUUACGGCACUUCUCGCUGGUUUGUUACAGUUGUCCCCACGUGGAAGACCCAUCAUCAACCAAGCUAGGUUGGAUGUCAUGUGACUCUCUAUCAAGUCCCCGCAGGAUGCUAAUUCGACAGCAUCAAAAGACUCGCAUCUGUUGAUCUGACAGCAUAGACUGGCAGACGACAGAUGAGAGACAGUCUCCCAUCUCUUUAUACCCAAGCCUCCCAUAGUCAAUGUCAUACUCAGUAUACCGUGUCGCUGAGAGCGGCCUCCCCCGAGACCACCACCUUAUCUUUGUCGAAACCCACGAACAAGGUCCCCAAACUGGCCAUUUAUACAAUGUCAUCGGCGAGAUCCAAAACGGGAUGAUCUUUGAGCACCGUGCCGCCGAGGAACCUGAGAAAUCGCCUGUAUUCUUUAGCAAGGAGGAGAUCGGAACGGUGACUCACGCUGAUUACUCUCGUUUCCUCCCUGUUUGUCAGGAGAUUCCAGUUCCAAAGAAGCAGUUCCAAGGAGCGAAAAGAUUGUACCCUAAUGAGCCUCUCCGGAGGUGUCAAGAAUGGGCUGAUGAGGCCAUUCAAGGUCUGGUUGAUGCAAAAGUGUUGCAGCGGGGAGGCGACGUCAAGGUGUAGUUGAGGCGUCCACCAUUCAUAUGACUUGACUGUCAGCUUUCAGCUAGAGUAUAUUCUGAGCGAUUCUCCAAUAAUUGCAAGAUAUCCUUAUACUCUCCAGUGUCUUUUUAUUCGACUCCAAAACAUCUGAAUAUGCCCGUAAACAGUAUACACCCAC